CCAUGCGUCUCCACCUUUGUUGUCCGGCGAAAAACAACUUCAUACCGAGGCUAGCCUUCAAACACGCCACACGAAAUUAUCGAAGCGAUUUUCUAUAGUAUAUACAAGCCUUACUUUUCCGGAGCAAAAAUUAUUAGCUAUACAGAAUGAGCCGACAUCGCUUCAACAACGUGCAGAUCAAGGCUUUGCCCGGUGGUCUGAUGCCCCACCACGAACCGGAUGCGGAUGGCGGACAGCCCGGUUCGCAGAAGCUGCCCAUGUGGCCCAGUGAACGCAUUCCUCCUGGCGGAGCUGGAGCCUUCCACUCGGCCAAGGUGCAAUAUAGCAAGGAGACGGCUGAUCUGAUCCGAUUGCUUGUCAAGGAGUCCAAGAUGUCGAUGUUGGUACGCAAGCAGAUCGAUGAGAGCCUGCGCAAUGGGGAGCCAUUGCCCCUGCCCGAACCGCCGCGUCCCAAUACCAACAACGAUCCUGACAAGGAGACACUGGCCAUUUUGGAUAGGGCGCGCAAUGCCAAGCGUAAGAAUCUACGGCAGAUCGAGGCGAGCGGAGCCUACAAGCAGAGUUACUACCGCCCGCCCGCCGACAACCGGAUGCAUGGAGAGAAGGCCAAGUCGCAGCUGCAGUUCACCAUGGCCGGCACUCAUUUGCCGGAUCCGGCGAUCAAGCCGCGACGUCGUCCGCGUGUAGAGCAACUGGUGACGGAGGAGGAUCUUAUAAACGAGCUUUUGGACCAAAUCAACGAGCGUGCCGAGUGGUUGACGGAAAUGGAGUCCAUGGGCCAGGGUAAGAAGUAUCGUCCGGAGAUUCGUGACCAGAUUGCCGAGCGGCUGCGUCGCAUUCAGGCGCUGGAGUCCAAGAUGAAGAUGAAGUCCGAUGGCGGCUUCCGUUUCGUGGACUAAAUGUGUUAUCCUGUUUUUAGAGUUUCAUGAUUUCCUUGACACGACGAGCAAACCAAAUAAAUAAAUUCCAAGA